AUAUUAUGCAUUUACCUAAGGCUUAUAAUGAUAUGUAAUCUGAGACCCACCAAAACAUUACUGAAGACUGAAGAUUUUCAUAUAAGAGAGAGGAGAAGAACCUGUUUAGGACAACGUCGAUUUUUCUUUGGAGACAUGAGGGUGUGCAUCAUUGGAGCGGGGGUCAUCGGCCUCUCCACCGCUCAGAGCAUCUACCAGCACUUCCACAGCAGGAUCAGCCCCCUCACCAUAGAGGUGUAUGCUGAUGUCUUCACUCCACUCACCACCAGCGACGGGGCAGCUGGACUCUGGCAGCCCUAUCUCUACGACAAGGGCAACGUGCAAGAAACUAAAUGGAACAAAGAGACGUUUGACUAUCUUCUAAGUUGCCUCAGCUCUCCAGAUUCAGUGAAAAUGGGAAUCUUCCUCCAGUCGGGCUACAAUCUGUGCACUGAAACCCAGCCGGACCCUUCAUUUAAAGACAUUGUGUUGGGUUUUCGCCAGCUGACUAAACGUGAACUAGACAUGUUCCCAGGAUACAGUUUUGGGUGGUUUCACACUGCUCUCAUGAUUGAAGGAAAGACAUACCUGCCCUGGCUUAUGGACUGGUUAGGAGAAAGAAAGGUCCAGUUUUAUCAGAGGAAGAUUGGUUCAUUUAACGAGCUGGCAGAUAGUGGUGCUGAUGUUAUCAUCAACUGCUCCGGUGUCCGAUCAGGAGACCUCCAGCCUGAUCCUGAGCUCCAGCCAGCCAGAGGACAGAUCAUUAAGGUAGAUGCUCCCUGGUUAAAGCACUUUAUCCUCACCCAUGAUCCCUCUAAAGGACUGUAUAACUCACCGAGCGUCACUCCUGGGAGUCGUUUUGUCACUGUGGCUGGAGUUUACCAAGAAGGAAACUGGAAUCUGCAGAACAGUUCUGUUGACCACAAAGAGAUCUGGGAAGCAGCCUGCAAGCUUGAGCCCAGUCUAAAGCAUGCACGGAUAGUAGAGGACUGGACUGGUCUCAGACCCACUCGCAGCAAAGUUAGACUGGAGAGAGAGACCAUACGAUCUGGACCGACCUCGUUUGAGGUCAUUCAUAACUAUGGUCAUGGUGGUUUUGGAAUGACCAUCCAUCGUGGAUGUGCUGAGGAAGCUGCUCGUCUCUUUGGACAGAUCCUGGAGCAGAAAGGAUUGCUAGCAUUCUCUAAAUCACAUCUCUCAUAGAUCUGUGAUUCUGGAUAAGGUUAUCUAUAUAAUAUAGCAUUGAGGGGAUGAGCUUAAUAAACAAAGUUUGUUGCUAAAUGUUUGGUUUUGAU